AUGCCGCGCUGCCUCAUGGCCAAGAAGUGGAAGGCCUACCCCUGGCCCGACCGGGAGGACGACGCCGACCUCCAGGAACUGCGCGCCCCUGAGGACCUUCGACAUCCGCCGGACCCCCAGGAACGACUCGGCCAGCGCGGCGACGGGACCGAGGAUGAGGAGAUCGACGUGGUGGGCGACACCGACCCCCGCGCCGCCCAGACCUGCUGGGGGCCCCACAGCCCCACCGCCGGCGCCACCGCGCCGAGCCCCCCGCCCCUCAAUGCCGCCGGGGCCCUCUACUAUCACGGAUACACGCACGAGACGUGGCUGAACCAUGAGGAGCCUCCAAAGUACGCGACGCUGCGCUCGGCGGCCGAGUUGGCGAGUCCGGUUGGCCCAGCCUCCCCGGUCCAACAUCAGGCCCAGGACCUGCAGCCGGCCACCCUGCCGCCCAGGAAGAGCCUGGCGAUGUGCUUCACCAGCACCGGCACGGCCCUCUCGCUACCGCCCAAGAAGAAGGACAUCUACCGGCCGUACAGUCUGCAGCCGGAAAUCCGAACCGCAGCGGAGGAGGACCUAUCGGCGGCGCAGGCGAUCCUCGACCUGAGCGCGUCCCCCGCGGCGCCGACGCACUCCGUCUUCGUCCACACGCUGUCACCGGGUCCCGCACCGCAUCAGGCCCCGGUGGCGCCUCCUCCCCCCGCCCAGCCGGCCCCAAUCCCCGUGUCCGUCUUGGUCCCGGUGCCCUCGCAGACCCCCCAACGCCAAGAGCCCCAGACCCCGCAGCCCAGGUCGCCCACUCCCGCCGAGGAGUCCCACAACAAGACCGUAGCCUACACCUACGAGGCCUUCUUCGUCUCCGACGGCAGGUCCAAGCGCAAGUCCAGCAACGCCGCUGUCCCCGACAAGGACUCCGCCGCUCAGCCGGACAAGCCGAAAUUCACCUGCACGGAGUGCGGCAAGCAGUACGCCACCUCCUCGAACCUCUCCAGGCACAAGCAGACCCACCGCAGCCUGGACUCCCAGUCGGCGAAGAAGUGCAUCCACUGCGGGAAGGCCUACGUCAGCAUGCCCGCCCUGGCGAUGCACGUGCUGACGCACAAGCUGGCCCACAGCUGCGGCGUCUGCGGGAAGCUGUUCUCCAGGCCGUGGCUGCUCCAGGGACACCUGAGGAGCCACACCGGGGAGAAGCCCUUCGGAUGCGCCCACUGCGGGAAGGCCUUCGCCGACCGGUCCAACCUGAGGGCUCACAUGCAGACCCACUCGGCCGACAAGAACUACGAGUGCGGCAGGUGCCACAAGACCUUCGCGCUCAAGUCCUACCUGAACAAGCACCUGGAGUCCGCCUGCCUGAGGGACGAGGAGCUGCCCCCCAGGGCUCAGCCCGCCCAGGCCCAGAACCGCGGCUUGUAG